AUGCAUCGUGAUAGCUGUUCAUCUAACAAUAAUGGCGAAGUUCGUGGUGCAAUUAACUUGGAGUUUGUGGUUCACAGAAAAGGGGUUUGGUUGGGACCAGAAGCCGCGACUUGGGAACGUUGGAUUGUAAAUGUGAUUCUGAAAACCGUCAGUGCGAAUGAAAAAGAGGAUCAUCGUCGUCAAAUUAGCAAUCAACUAAGGAAUGAAUUGUGCAACAUUCUCGAACACUUCAACUCUCCCUCAGCUUAUGCUCCAUCUUUAGGUAGCUCACAAGUGGAAACAGAACACAUCAUUGACUUCUCUAUGUGCGGAAUUUCACCCUAUCGGUUUAGUAUAAAUUAUCUUUCUAAUUCAUGUCAAAGUCGUUCCGGAGUGAGUGUGACCAUGAGGCGUAUAUUUAAAGAUGCUAGACUUUGA